GUGACAACUGCCACAUCCGUAGUCACUGAAGUGCGCGGUAAAAGUAAGAGGCACAACAAAAACAUGUGGAUGCAGCCUUGAUGUAUCGGAAAAGAGACACACCCCUCUCCGUAGUCUAGAAACCGUUAUCUCAGACCAUGGGGCUGCGAACGGAGCAAAAGAAGCACUUUCCACUCCGUGGGAUUGACGGAGUGGUGAAACUGUUCGAGGCCGAACUUCAGAACUCAGAACCGGACCUUGCUUUGCUGUCUCUUGUUUUGGGCUUUGUCGAACACUUUCUGGCCGUGAACAGAGUUGUGCCGGUGAACGUGCCCGGGGUUCGUUUUGAGCCCCUCGAGCCUGACUGCCCCAACUCGUGCUUCCCCGUCGUGGAGCUGGGCCUACUGACGGCAAUGCACGAGCGCUUCACGGCUCAGAUUCGGGGCGCAGUGGAUCUGACCCGGUACCGGAGGUCGGGCGGCAUCUCCAGUAGAGAGUUGGUCAAUAAAGUCUCCGACGUCAUCUGGAACAGUCUCAGCCGCUCUUACUUCAAGGACCGCGCGCACAUCCAGUCCCUCUUCAGUCUCAUCACAGGGACUAAGCUGGACAGCUCGGGAGUGGCGUUUGCGGUGGUGGCGGCCUGCCAGGUGCUGGGGCUUCGUGACGUGCACCUGGCGCUCUCGGAGGACCACGCCUGGGUCAUCUUCGGCCGCGACGGGGAGGAGACCGCGGAGGUGACGUGGCACGGCAAGGGCAACGAGGACCGCAGGGGACAGACGGUCACUGCCGGGGUGAACGAACGGAGCUGGCUGUACCUGAAAGGCUCCUAUAUGAAGUGCGAUCGCAACAUGGAGGUGGCCUUCAUGGUGUGUGCCAUCAACCCAUCACUGGACCUGCACACUGACAGCACUGAACUGCUGCAACUACAACAGAGACUGCUGUGGCUUCUGUAUGAAAGAGGAGAUUUGGACAAGUAUCCAAUGGCUAUGGGGACUUUGGCAGAUCUGGAAGACCAGGAGCCAAUCAGUGGCAAGGAGAGUCCCCUCAACCUCCACAUGAAGGCUGUUGAGUCUGCCAAGAAGUUCUACAACAACGAGCACAUCUAUCCCUUCAUGUACCUCGCAGGGUACCACUACAGGCACAGAGAAGUCAAGGAUGCCCUACGCUCAUGGGCAGAGGCUGCCACGGUCAUGCAGGACUAUAACUACUGUCGUGAGGACGAGGAGAUCUACAAGGAGUUUUUCGACAUUGCUAAUGACGUCAUCCCCACGCUGCUGAAGGAGACCGUUGCCGAGGGGGGGCUGGAGGGGUCAGAGGGUGUCGCCGCCGAGAAGGCAGAGAAGGCCGACUCCUCCCCCGCCCAGAAGGACUCCCCCAGGCAGUCUGCUGUUCUCUCGGCACUACAAGACCCAGAAUGCUUUGCCCACCUGCUGCGUUUCUAUGACGGCAUCUGCAAGUGGGAGGAGGGCAGUCCCACCCCUGUGCUGCACGUGGGCUGGGCCACCUACCUGGUGCAGUCCCUCAGCCGAUUCGAUGCCCAGGUGCGUCAGAAGGUGUCCAUCAGCAUCAGAGAGGUGGACGCCCUGGACGAUGACGACCAGUCGAGCGACGACCCUCGCGAGGGCCGCAGACGAGGUCCCCGCCGUGAGUCCAAGCUGGAGGACCAGGCUCCACAGCCCCCCCUGCCGGCCGGACAGACACCCCCAAACAGCGCCGCCUCCUCCAGCCCCACCAGCACUACUGCUGCCCCCUCUACCACCACCACCGCUGCCACCACCCAGGCCCAGCCUAAGAAGGUUGGGGAGGGCGGGGGUCGCCGGCGAUCCUCCCAGGGCACCAGAGGGGCGGAGGCUGAGGCCAGCAGCAAGGGCCGUGCCAACACUCCAAGCCCCACCCCUUCCUCUGCCCAGCAGGGUGGGGCGUUAGGCGGAGCUACAGGUGGAGGCGUGCCCAGUGGGCCCGUGGUAACGUUCCACAGCGAGAAGAUGAAGGGGAUGAAGGAGCUCCUGGCCGCCGCCAAAGUGAACUCUAGCGCCAUCAAGCUGCAGCUCACCGCACAGUCACAGGUGCAAACGAAGAGGCAGAAGCCAUCGGGGUCCGGAGACUACACACUGUCCUUUAUGAAGAGACCCAGGAAGACCCUGUAAAUACUAGACACGCGUGCGCGCGCACACACAUGCAUACACAGGGUCCGGAGACUAUACAUGAUCCUUUUUGUAGAGACCUGGAAAUACGCUGUAACCAUCAAGACACACACACACACACACACACAGCAUCUGGAGUCUACAUGCUGUUUGUGAAGAGACACCAGGAAAAAAUCACCACAAGACACACACACACACACACACACACACACACACACUAUAGCGUGGCCCCACAACGUGGCCCCACAAGACCCUGUAACCACAAUGAUGAUGAUACACACCCUGGGGACACUGGAAACAUGAUGAUGAUGAUGAUGAUGAUAAACAAUAAACACGGCACAAACUUGUUGAGCAAAUGUUGCUGAGAAGUGAUAUCAUAAGCGGUCUUUGAGGCAACAUACCUUAUGCGAGGGGAAAAAAACAACUCCAGAAGUUCUGAAGCAGGUAACUUCUCACAAUCAUGUCUGAAAUCCAAUCCUACCUGAAAAAUGAAAAGCCCCAACGAUGUUCAGAUGUUGCCUAGCCAUAUUGCUCUAAAUGCAUCAUCACCUUUAGGGAGGAAACGGCAGCAGAGACUGCCACGGGACUGAAAAUGUGGAAAAGUCUCCACUUAAAUGACAGUCAGAGAGAUGCCUAAGGUUUGCUAGCUAAACCAGAUCUUUACGAUGAGUUCCUCUGUUCGAAAGCACCGUGAGUUUAUGACCUGAAACACUUGUGUCCUUGUCCAAGAUGCCUGAAUAUCAGCUUUAAGACUCUUGUCUGUGUUUUCUCUGUGCAAAGGCUUGUGAUUUUCCCUCUUUCAUAGAGAUUUGAUGUUAUUCAAAACAUGCUCCGCUGCACAGCUCUGUUGUGUUUGUCACUGUGAUAACGUAUGGAGGAGUGUUUCUCAAUCGUUCACGUUUGGUUCAGGUGAAGCCUUCUUUCAUUGAAGUUGGCAUGACCAUCCAUCAAGUGCGUUUUUACACUCAGUCGGAACGGAGAGGCAAGGGUAUAGUGUUUUUUUUUCAUUGGGUAUUUCUGUAAACCUUUGAGAAUGUUUUAGUAUUUUGGACAGAAACCAAAGUCACUUGAUACGAGAGUCUGUGUUUAUUUUUUAGCCUUUAUAAAGAAAGAAAAGUGAUUUAUUUUUUGAUGCCUUUGAAUUGGUGACACUAUAGAUUAAAUCUGUAGGUUGUUAAACAUUGUUUUUUUGUUGUCUCAGCACUUUUUAUGUUUUCACAUGUACAUUGAUCCGCUUUCAUAAACAGUAGGUUCUUAUGUCAGUUGUAAUAACGCAUGUAUUACUCGUGUUAUUGACCUUAGUGUAAUGUAACCUUGUGUUAUAUGAAGUUUCAAUAGGAAAUGUUGGAAUUUUCAGCUCUAGUAGUAAAGCCUCGUUUUCUGGCAAUAAAGUUGAUCAUACUGACAAUAAA